CUCGUCUUUCAUGAUUUAUUUGUUUUUGUAGGAAAUCUAUAGAUUGCGAAGCGAGUUACUGAAGUCUUAACUAUUGAAAUGCCCUCAGCUGUACACAAUGUCAGUUCAGAGUGUUUACAUGAAUUAUUAUUCUAAGAAACUCCGUUUGAAGUUGCCAAAAACUUUAUGAAAGUGAAAGAAAUUUCGACAUAAAUGAAACAGGCCGAUAAAAUGAGGCAACAAAUAAGAACCUGGGAGAUUUUGAGCUAAAAUUACUUGACACGAAAUUUAACUUUGAUAAUAAAUUGUACUUAAUGCGCCCCAGGAGAUGUUUGAAUGGGAAACGCACGCAUUUGAUGGCGGAUGGAGGCGUCCUAUUACAAGAUUAACAUAUUUUGUAUUGAUAUUUCCCUUUUGUUUUGUUACUCAUUGACAUGCUUCUUUUAGGUUUGUUGAUCGACGCCACAGCACCGGUUGAGUGCUUGCCGUUAUCUUCUUUUCACGGGGGUAAAUCGCAUGUAUACAUACAUGACAGGUAAGGAAUCUAUUUUUCAACCAAAAAAUGAAUACAAAUUUCGACGAAAUUGUUCAUGAAAUAAUUGCUCGAUUCAUAGGCCGUUAAUGAUCUUAGGUGGAUUACAGAGACAAAUGCAGCAUUUUUUGAAUUAGAUCUAGUUAAACUUUCCAAGCGAAAUCAUCAGUUCCGUUCCUUACGAAAAUUGCCGUUAUUCAAUAUGUCACGUGAUUAAACAUUCUAUAAUUGCUAGUUGUACGGGGGUAAGUAAACUUUAUACGGUUUCAGAUAUCAUUUGGUUGUUUCUCGCAAGACAUAGACGGAUGCCAUUAUUCUUUCAUUUUUAAAUGAAUGUUCUAUGAACUAGCUGAGUUUGUUCUGCUUGGCUUUAUUUACAAUUUGCCGAUAAAUACUGUGUUUAAUGGAAUAUUUGACCCAUAAAUGUAGUCACGUGAUUGAUGUAAUCUGGCGGAUGGCUUCGGUGUUGAAAUCGGUUUGAAAACUGUUGAUCAGUGAUACAGAUUCUCAAACGUUGGAAUGCGUCUUAAAAAUUGUUGAUCUGCGCAUUAAAAGCCUUCAAAUAUGGAUUGUUCAGUCGUCGAGUUUGUAGGGAAAGAACUUGGACAGCAUGGGUCAAACAUUUAUUUUAAAGAAUUUUCUGUGAUUGUUGAUGGUGUGAGGAGAAGCUAUAAGCUUGGAGAAUUUUAUUUCAUGAGGAAGGACCCGCAACAGCCAAUAUGCAUUGCUGAAUUUCAACUAAUUUGGGUGAAUUUGAAAGAUGGCAGAAAAUUAGCAGCUGCGAAAUUAUAUUUUAGACCAGAAGACACAAAUUCGGGAAGACUUUGUGAGCAUGGCGAGGAUGAACUAAUGGAAGCCGAUCGCUUUGUGUCUGUUUAUUGUGAGCAAGUUCCAUCGUGGGAGUACAACAGCCGGGUUCCAUUUGGUUCUUGCGCUUAUGACGGCGUUAAACUGGCUAAUCAGUACAUAAACCAGCACAAUGAGUUGUCUUCAUCGGUUAAUUGCUGUUGCAAAGUGACGGAUAAUUGUAAAACGCAAGGGGUUCGAACUCCAGUGAAAGUGUUGAGUUUUCCAGCAUAUUGCAGAUACAGGGCGUCAAUGAAGCUUUUGGCUACUGGCUGCAAACUGCCGAGGAACGUGAUGCUUGCUAGAGGUGCAAUCGAGGUCGAUUGCCCAAAAACGAGGAUACUCUUUAAUCGCUUCAAGUUCCAACACCCCAACAUUGAAAGAUUUUCUUUAGCUGAAGAUAUUCGAAUCCCACAGUUCAAAGGACGACCCAGGAAAAGGAAGCAAAGCAAAACCAAAGCGACAAAUGAUGCCAAAAAGACAAGGGUAGAGAAAGAGAACUCGAUACCUGAAUCGAGAAAUAUUCUUCAAAUGUCACCUAAAGAAGAAUUGAAACCCGGGCGCAAUCCUACGUAUAGAAUAAUUGCUCCACCGGUUGAUAGUAAUCCGGACAGAAACGUCAUCCAUGUGAAAAUAGAAAACAAAAAUGAUCCUGGGAAUUCAAAGGGCAUCAAAGAGGAGAUUGAGUAUAGCAAAGUAGAUGAGCUGGACAACGAUUUCGAACGGAGUUCCAUGGAAGCUGAAAGUGCAUCGCCUGAUGAAGAUGACGAUUACAAACUUGCAAUGUUUGGAGAUUCAAAGUUCUUUUCAGACGAAAUGGCAGCAAAUGAAGAGGAGAUGGAGAUGAGAAGGACCAGGUCUGUGAAGAGGGAAGACAGUGAUGAAGCCCCUCCUUCGGAACUCGUGAAAAAUGGCAAAACAGGCACAAUAUUAGACGAAGCUUUUUUCAGGGAAAUGAAAAACGGCAUAAUAGCUGGCGAAGGAGUUGAUAAAGAAAAGAUGAUAAAGAUAUUAGUGGAUGCCUGUAAAGAUCAAGAGAAUUUCAAACGUGAACUGUUCGUAUUUAUGAAGCAAAGAGGAACUCCCAUAGUAUACGUGCCAAAAGUUGGAUACACGAGAGUCGACCUCCCAAAACUGUUCAGUUUGGUGGUUUCAAAUGGUGGCUACACCCAGGUGACGUUAAACCAUAAGUGGAAGAAAGUUUAUGAUGAAAUGGCUUUAGCGACGACAAUUACAAGUGCAGCCACUUGCAUGAGAAGGCAUUAUGAGAAGCUGCUGCUUCCGUUCGAAAAACAUCUAAGAGUUAAGCACAAGCAAGACGCCCUUGCAAAUAAAACCUACUCAAUAACGGCCCAGGCCAGUCAGCCCUUGGUGUUGACAAUAAAGAAAGUCAAAAAAGAAAGCCCCGUUUCACCGUCAGAAAGCCCAGAUGACUCGCUGUAUUUGUCUGCACACGAGGCUGAUAUUAUUCGAUCCCCAACCAGCAUAAAUUGCAGACAUGUGGAAACUAGCCAGGAACUGAUUUCCAAAUCUGAAAUAUUUCACGCUAACAACAAUGCGAACAUUAAAGCUAGUACAACUUUACCUAUGGCGGUAUCGCCAAAAGAAGAACACGCGCGUAACAUGGAUGACCGUAAAUUCGAACGCACUAAGUUGCAGCAGGGUCAGUACCCCGCCACUUUCAAGAUCGAGCCCGGAUCCGGAGAAACCGCUAAAUGCAUGUCCAACCCAGAUAUAGCAAAGUCGGAUGGUAGCUCGCAGAAUCACCACGCAACCAAUACCACUUCUACAACAGUGUGCGCUAUACCGUUGUAUAAAGUGUCUGAGCAUGCUUUUUCUCUUCGAAAAAAUGCACACACUACCUCGAUCAAUGCAAAAACCAUCUUACCAAAGCAAUCUUCUUUUGUCAUUCCAGUUGUUAGUGCUGUACCGGGAGCGAAUGCAAAUGUCACUGUUUCAUCGUUCGUUCCCUCUGUUUCAUCGACGACAAUGAAUUAUCAUCCUUUACAUGGCAACGAGGUUACUGUAAUCACGAAAGCGAGACCAGUUGAAAAUUUCGGCCCGCUGUCAGUGAGUUCAGCACUUCAAAAUAUUAAUCUUCAAAAUCAAAGUCAACCUGUAUUCAAGAAGCGAAGGGGUAGGCCACCGAAACAUGCCAAGGCUCAAAUGCAGCUUUUAGCAUCGUCAGUUCAGAAAUCUGAAUUAGGCUAUUUCGAAAAGUCUCCUAACAAAAAUGGCACUGUUAUCCACAAUUAUUCACCUCACGUUGGGGGAGACGUACCUCGUUCGAUGCAUGUCAUGAUAAAAGCACGUUUAAUAACACAAGGAUAG